CGUGUUCACCGAAGAAGAAGCAACGAGUUCCACACGUGUUUGUUUUCGUUGACGUCUUCAGUGGUGGAUUCUCCUUUCAACUAAGACAUUGUUAGACCCCAGCUGAAAAUAUGGGGAAAAAACUCAAAGUAGGAAAGACGAGGAAGGAUAAAUUUUACCAUUUGGCAAAAGAAACAGGCUAUCGGUCUCGCUCGUCCUUCAAAUUGAUCCAGCUUAAUCGUAAAUUCCAGUUCUUACAGAAAGCGAGAGCUUUGGUGGAUCUGUGUGCUGCCCCGGGAGGAUGGUUACAGGUGGCGUCCAAAUUCAUGCCAGUUUCCAGUCUUAUUAUUGGUGUUGACCUCGUGCCCAUUAAGCCCAUUCCUAAUGUGGUGGCACUGCAGGAAGACAUCACGACUGAGAAGUGCAGACAGGCGCUAAGAAAAGAGCUGCAGACCUGGAAAGUCGACGUUGUGUUGAAUGAUGGAGCUCCUAAUGUGGGAGCAAACUGGCAGCAUGAUGCGUUUUCUCAAGCUCACCUCACUCUCAUGGCCCUGAAGUUGGCCUGUGAAUUCCUCAACAAAGGUGGAACGUUUGUCACCAAGGUGUUCCGCUCCAAAGACUACCAGCCGCUCAUGUGGAUCUUUCAACAGUUCUUCAAGAAGGUUCAGGCUACAAAGCCUCAGGCUUCCAGAAACGAGUCUGCUGAGAUAUUUGUCGUCUGUCAGGGUUUUGUUGCCCCCGAUAAAGUAGAUGCGAAAUUCUUUGACCCAAAACAUGCUUUUAAAGAAGUAGAAGUGCAGGCCAAAACGGUGAAGGAGCUUAUUCCUGACAAGAAACCAAAGGCGGAGGGAUAUGCUGAUGGUGAUCUGACGCUCUACCACAGCUUCACAGUCACUACAUUUCUGAAAGCUGACAACCCGGUGGACUUCCUGGGAAAAGCUAGCGAGAUAACCUUUGACAAUCCUGACCUGGAGUCUCACAAGAGCACCACCAAUGAGAUAAAGGAGUGUUGUCGUGAUAUCAAAGUUUUGGGUCGCAAGGAGCUCCGCUUGCUCCUGAAUUGGCGGUCUAAGUUGAGAAGGUAUUUGGCUAAAAGACUGAAGAUGGAAGCCAAACAGUUGGACCAUGAGAUCAGCUUGAGCUCGGAUGAGGAGGCGGAUUCGGAGGAAGAAGCAGACCAGAAGAAAGAUGAAGGAGAGGCUGAUGAUGGUGAAGAAGAGGAUGAGGAGGAGGAAGAGAUGGAAAAGAAACUGGCGGAGUUGAAAGCUGAAGAGGUCGCAGAUCUAAAACGGAAAAAGAGAAAGCUGCUGAAGGAGCGGAGAAAGCAGAGGGAGAGGGUGGAAUUGAAAAUGGACUUGCCAGGCGUCUCUAUUGCUGAUAAUGAGGACACGUCACUCUUCUCCCUCGUCUCCAUCAAGAAGAAAACGGUCCUGGCUGAUAUUUCCAAGGGCGACAUGCAGCUGGCUGAAAACUUGGGCGAGUCUGAUGACGACGUCCACAUUUCUGAUGAUGAGGAUCUUGAUGAUGCGGAUCAGAUGUCCCUGGCUUCUGACUUGGACGAAGAUGAGCUGGAGGAGGUGGAGCAGAAACAGAAAGAGCUGGAGAAGAAGGCAGCGCCGAAGAAGGUAAAGUUUGAAAAAGAAGAAGAACCAGAGGAGGACACUGGAUUAGUUGUGGAACUAGAAGGAAAGGACGAGAGAAAGAAGAAACAGACCAAUUUGUGGUUCAGCAAGGACAUCUUCUCUGAAAUCGAUCUUGAAGGAGAUGCUGACAGUGAGCUGAAACAGACAGAGUGGCUCCAAACUAAACAGAAGGGCCAAAAGCGGAAAGCAGAUGAAGACGGUGGUGAAGAAGUUGCAGCUCCAGUACAGAAAGAAAAAACUCAACCUUCAAAAGCAACUGAAGCAGAGAAUGACAGCGACUCAGACAACAGCAGUGAUGAUGAGAGAGAGAUAACAAAGAUGAAGGCCACCAAAGGAGGAGCGUCCGGGGCCUCUGGAGAAGCAGAGGAUGACGACUUCCAGGUUGUUCCCAUCGAGAGCACAAGUAAGAAAGCCAGGGUGCUGGAUGCUGAAGGUCUUGCUCUGGGAACCCUGAUCGCCACGUCCAAGAAGAAAGCCAGGGACCUGGUGGACGACUCCUUCCACAGAUUUGCUUCAUCUGAAGAGCAGUGGGAGGUUCCGGAGUGGUUCCUCAACGAUGAACAGAAACAUCGUAAGAAACCUGUUCCGGUGACGCGAGAGAUGGUGGAGGAGUAUAAACAGAAGUGGAAGGAGAUCGACGCUCGGCCAAUUAAGAGAGUCGCGGAAGCCAAAGCCAGGAAGAAGAGGCGGAUGCUGAAGAAGAUGGAGCAGGCUAAGAAGAAGGCAGAGGCCGUGGUGAACACGGUUGAUAUCUCAGAGAAGGAGAAGAUGUCUCAGCUAAAGAACAUCUACAAGAAAGCAGGCCUUGGAAAGGAGAAAAGAGAAGUCACGUACGUCGUGGCUAAAAAGGGAACCGGCAAGAAGGUGAGGCGGCCUGCUGGGGUCAAGGGAGUUUUCAAAGUUGUGGACAGUCGCAUGAAAAAAGACAUGCGUGGAAUCCAGCGCAAAGAACAGCGUGCCAAAGGCAAAGGUAAAGGUAAAGGUGGUAGAGGAGGAGCCAAGGGUGGGAAAGUGGGAGCUAAGGGUGGUAAGGGCCGGAAAGGAAAAUAACUUCUUGAGUUUGUUUUGUGUAUACUUGUGGUGAAAUGUCCUUUUUUUCCUAUUUUGAGAUUAAUCAUCUCCUAUGAAUAUCUAACAACAUGUGCAAGAAUGUGAAUGAUUACAGUGAACCAGAGUUUGUACUCGUGUACACGUUUAUUGUAUGUUUGUACAUACGUUUGUAAUAAAAUAUCAAUCCCAUUCGAACAA